UUCCCUUUCUGGCUCUGGAAGGAGGGAGGAGCAGCCGGAGGUGGGUGGACGGGAGCGGGGGGUUUAGUGGUGGUGCGGGAAGCUGAGUCCGAUAUUGCACGGCCGGCUGGGCGCUGGCAACUCAAUGAUGCUGCUCCGCCGUCGGUGCCGGUAUUGUUGAGGUGCUGAGCGCGCGCUGCAGGUCGAGACGAGGAGGCGGAGCCAGGCGGGGCGGCUGCUGCUGACUGAGGGUCCGAGUCACCGGUCCGCCCAGGCAGUAGCAGCUAGGCAGGAGGAGGAGGAGGAAGAAGAGGAGCGGCGGCGGCACCGGGCAAGGUUGCAACGCGUCCGCCCGCCUCAGGGAGUCACCAUCGAGGAAGGAGCGGGCAGGCAGUAGGCGCCCCCUGCAGCCGGGACAGGCGUGGGAAGCCCGCUGCCAGUAUCGUUUCUGUGUAACUUAAGGGAUCUCGGGACGCCCGUCAACUCUCCUGACAUUUGAAAUGGAGCUCCCGGUUUGGGAAAAGAAAACUUCUUACUCUAUUUCUACCUGCAGUUUGACAUGUUUCAAAUUCCUGUGCAAAACCUUGAUAAUAUAAGAAGAUCUCGGAAGAAAGUGAAGGGUAUUCUUGUGGAUAUUGGACUUGACAGCUGUCAAGAGUUGCUUCAGACUCUGAAAAGUUUUGAUCCAGGAGAAAAAUAUUUCUCUAGUACUUCAUGGAAUGAUGUAUCUCAUUGGGACAAUUUUGCUAAAAGAAAGAGAUAUAGAACAAAUCCAUAUUGCUGCAGCUUGUGCAAAUUUUCCUCAAAAUUUCUUAAUGGUUUCAAAAAUCACCUGACCCGCUACCAUGAAGAUGAAAUGGAUCAAGAGUUAGUUGUUUCUUGUCCAGAAUGUUCAUUUGCUUCACAUUCUAAGACAGUAGGAAAACACCUCCGAAUGUUUCACUCCAAGAAGAAAAUACAAAACUAUAAUGUGAGUGGUGGUAUGAGACAAUUCCGGAAUGAUGCAGUAAACUUUGUAUGCCAGAAAUGUCAAUUUACUGACAUGUUGUACUACAAUACAAAGAAACAUGUGUUGGUAAGCCAUUUUCAAAAUCUAAUAAGCACAUAUUUUGAGGAGAGGCCUGAUGAGACUGAGGAGAACUUUACUGAUCACUACUGUAAAAAGUGUAAUGCUUUUGCAAAUAGCCGGGAUUCUUUAAUAUAUCAUGUCUUAACAUCUGAAGUACAUAAAGAUCUGGAGAACAUAUUGGGACGUGUAAUUUCAGUUCAGCCUAAAAAAACAGGACAAACAAAGUCACUGCAGAUUAUCAAUAUUGCUCCCAAGCCAUCAGCAAUUAGUACGGUUUCACAACUGGUUCCUACCUCUGUAGGAUCAAAUUCUACAUCACGUUUUCAACUUUCACUUCCAUCAGUUAAUCAGAAUCAAAAUACAGUACCAACGAAAGCAGUUCACAACGUGGCUGCACCUUUGAGUGUUUCAGGUAGCGCCAAUAGUAUGACAGCUUCGACUUCUGUUGACCAAUUACACAUUGCCCUUCUUUCUGGUCCUCGCCCAGCAAGUCAGAAUAGUGUUGGUCUUCAGCCUGCAGUUUCCCAACCAGUCUUUGUUUCUCAUCGUUUCCCCGUAAAAGAGCCAGUAAGACCCAGCGUUUUUUGCCUAAAGAAGCCCAUACCAAACAUAAGGAGAGCUGUUCCUCCGGGAGUCAUUUCAUUCACUCGACCAAUCAGACCUAAUCUCCUUCCUGUAGGUAAUCAAUCAAUCAGAACUAUCGGCAAUCCAAUUAUGCCAAAGCCUGGUCCCAUUCCAGUUAACAGGCCUUCAUCGCCAGGGAUCCUUGCUGUAAAUCGGCCUAUGGGGAGUGGAUCUGGAAUUCUUCCAGUUUCCGAAACAAUUACAUCGAGAGUUCUUCAGUUUAACCAGCCAGUCACACCAGGGGUUCUUCCUGUAAACCCAUCAGCUACUGGACCUGGGAUUGUACAGUUUAAUCAGCCGGUUACACCAGAAGUUCCUCCAGUAAAUCAGUCUGUUAGACCUGGAAUGUCUCAGAAUGCUACUUUACUUACCACUGGACCUAUGCUUAGACAGUUAAUUCCAACUGGCAAACAAGUUAAUGGAAUACCUACAUACACUCUUGCACCAGUUUCUGUGACUUUGCCUGGGACACCAGGGGGUGGGGUGGCAACUGUUCCACCACCUCAGGUGCCUGUUCAGUUGAUGCCAUCUGGCCCAGUUGCCCAGCUGUCUCAGGGUCCUGCUACUGUGCCCUCUCCUGUUGCAGUAAGUUCUUCUACAAACCCUCUGACCAAGACUUCUCCAACCAGUUCUGCAAUGAAUUUAGUUCUUAAACAAGCUAAGCAGUGGAAGACUUGCCCUGUUUGUAGUGAGCUUUUCCCAUCAAAUGUCUAUCAAGUGCACAUGCAAGUGGCCCACAAAUGUAGUACAUCUAAGAUGGAGAUUACUCGUGAAGUAGACAAAGUUGCAGCCUGUGCACCUUUUCUGAGGUGGUUAAAAGAUAAGACAGUGCGAUGUUUUUCUUGUAAAUGCUUUCUAACUCAGGCAGAGCUUGUAAAACAUAUUUUUAUCCAUGGGUUAACUUGCCUCUUCUGCACCAGUGUUUUCCAUGAUUUAAAAUGCCUUGUGGCUCACACACGAACUGUACAUAAUGGAAAGAAGAAAUUGCACUCAGAUUAUGAGGAUAAAGGGUUUCAGCUUCUGAGUGAUUCUGAAGAUCAUCUAGUAUUCCCUCAUUUUGACUACAGUAUAACUUCAAAAGAAUUUUGUGAAAGAGAAGUGCACCUUGUAGUACUUGCUGGAGUAAAUUCAAGGACACUUAUACCUUUGUAUAUCAAACUGCAACAAGAGGAUGCUGAAAUGAGCAGAGAAAACAAAGUUUCUACUUGCCCUUUUUGUUACGGUAUUUUCACUACCACAGAUGCUUAUGAAAUCCACUUGAAAGAGCGGCACCACAUCAUGCCAACUGUGCAUACCAUUUUGAAGUCUCCUGCUUUUAAAUGUAUUCACUGCUGUGGGGUGUACACUGGCAACAUGUCUCUAACAGCUAUAGCUGUGCAUUUGCUUCGAUGCCGGAGCGCUCCUAAAGAUAACACGCCAGCUAUGAAGAUGCAGGUUGACCUUGAUGAGAAGCAGGAUCUACCACUUGUGAACGGGGAGAACCAUGAUGAUGCUUCUCCUUCAGCCAAGAGGAAACAGUCUGAUCAUCUUUAUGCUGUUUCUGUUUCAGAAGACCAAAGUGAUGAGGAUCCACCGUUCUUUAUUAUAAAUAAUGGUUCAGCCCAAAUUCCAGUAAAUGAGGUGAAUUGUGUGCCUUCCAAACGACAAAAGUCUGAUCCUAAAACUGAGAUCAAGGGAGAGUCUUCAGUUGAAGAUCUUCAUGUGUUGGUGUUAAAUCCAAAGCCAUUCCAACAAAGCUCAAAUGAAGUCCAAAAAAGAUUUCUUGCAGAUUAUUUUCACAAGAAGCCGUAUCCCAGUAAAAAAGAACUAGAAUUGCUAUCAUCCACUCUAUGUGCAUGGAAAGUGGAUGUUGCAUCAUUUUUUGGGAGAAAGAGAUACUUCUGCCUAAAGGCAAUAAAAAACUUUAAGCCAUCUGUGCUUUUGGGCUUUAAUAUGUCAGAACUUAAAAAUGUAAAGCACAGUUUGAAUUUAAAUUGUGAAUUGGAGGAUGUAUAAUUUUUUUUUUAAAAAAUAGUCCUGAUAUCAGGCAAGCAAGAUUGCAUAUUACAUCAAAAACUAUUCCACUUGCUUAGUUUUUUGUAAUAUUAAAAUAUUACUGUUCUUUGGCUACAUUUGCAUACAAUAGUAAGUUAGAAUUAUAAAAAAAGAUUUAUCAUUCACAAGCAGUUUUUACUUUGCCUGAUCAGUCCUUACUUCUUUCCAUCACUAACACAGACUACAAUAAGAAAUCAGCAGGAAGAAAAGGCUUAAUGUCAAAUUUAGAUUCAAAUUUAGACCUGGCUUUUGGCUCCCAAAUGAGCUGACUUGGAUGCCUAUUUUGAAUUCUGGUUCAUUAGAUGUAGAACAUUCAUGAACCUUAGUUUUGACAUAAUGUGAAAGGUUUUUGCUUUAGGUAAGCACAGGUUAUUGUAGUUCUCUGACUGGUGGAUGGUACCAAGGCUGAGUCAUAGGGUAAUGUGCUGCUCCUGAAUGAUAAACUAGAUUUUUUAGCAUCAUAGCUCACUAUUUUGUGUGAACACAAUCAGUGCAGUGGGCGUGUUAUUUCAGAAUACCUGAAGUUCUAGUUCUUUUUGUUCUGUUUUGUUCCCUUGCUUAUGAUGUAGUUUUGUCCAUGGGAUUUUAUACAACUGUGUAACAAAUUUCUAGGUUUUUUUUUUAAAGAAAAUACCAAUUGUUUCUAAAAAUAAUAAAGUGUAUAGUUUUGGUAAAAUAUCAAAAUUGGUUAGACGAUUGUAACAGUGUAAAAGAAUUAUCCCCUCCGUUCAAAAUUAAGAUGCUUGGCUCUUAAUAUGACCUUAUCACCUUCAAAAAUAUUCAAAUUGUCAGUGUAUAGCAGUACACUGCAAAAAUACAAUAAUAUUAAAACAACUUAUUUGCUCCUGUAGAUACAAUGGUACACAUGAGAAAAUUUCAAACGCUGUUUCUGAACUUCUCUUUAGUAAGAAAUACUAGAUCUUUAUAGAUAUGCCAUUGUUUUUCUGUAGCCUUCGUUUCCAAGUGUUGAUUAUGCAUCUUGGAUUAAAUAAAGUUAGGAGAUGCCUGUUCAGUUAAGAUGUAUUUGUCUUCAACAUAUAUCCCCCAAAUAUGCUACUAUAAUUCUUAAUUAUGCCAUUAUCGCUAGAGAACUCUGUGAGGUGAAGCUCAUGUAUUUGGAAGAUGUCCAGGUUGGAAAAAUUGAUGUAGACUAAAAUGGCUGUCUAGAGCCAAUUUUACUUAAUGCUGUAGCUUGCUGUCAGCGUUCUAGUUUGCAUUUUAUUCCAGAAAGUUAUAGGUAUUGCAUUCAUGUCUGUUAAUCCUUGUGCUGACAAAUAUUCAAGAGCAAAAUUGGAAAUAAGUUCUUGACACUUUGCUAUAUUGCUGUAAAAAUUGUCUUGGAAUAUAGGACUAACGGCAAUUUAUUCAGCAAUCUAGUGUAGGGAUAUGUUGCACUGUGACUGAUACACAAUCUCUUGGAUUAUGAUAAUGGCAGUAUGUGAGAGAAUGUUUGCAUUUAUAAGCUUAGGGUUAUUUUUCUUCAAAUGCAGAGUGAAAACUAUUCUGUAUAGUAGCUGAUGGUUUGAUACUACCUAUAGAUAAUAAUUUUGUCUAAAAUUAUUGAAAAGAUAAGCCUGGUAGACAUUUUUAAACAAUGGUAAGACUAAGCCUGUGGCAGUUUUAUUAUUACUUUUAAAAUAUUAUGUUUGGGCAUUGGAUGAUUGAACAAUUUCCAGAUCCAGGUUAGUCUUUAGUUGCUAGUUGAUAUCUAGCUAUGACGUGAACAGCAUAACUUAUUACUGCCCUAUCAAAAAACAUUUAGUGUGCAGACUUUAUAGUGCAUUUUAGUUAUUAAAAAUGUUUCUUAUGGCAAGACUUGUUUUGAUGAAACUGCAUGUAAAUAAUUGCAAUUUAAGCACUUGCAUUGCAGGCUAUUAGAUUUCUAUAAAUGUCAGAGAAUUGUAAGAGGG